UUGGUUUGGUAUUGACUUUUUAACUUCAACUUUGGCAACCUAACCGCAAAAUAAAAGUGCCUUCACCUCAUAACUCCCUUCAUCUUUCUUCGCUAACACUCCACUGGGCUUUCGAUCCGAAAUUCGCCAUGAUCGCAGCCUCCUACUCUCCUCUUCCUUCUACGUCUCCCACUCUCCAUCGGAACUCACUGUUGUGUUCUGAUUGCCAUUCAAAUUGUAACAAGUCUACAUCUCAAGCAUCUUUGUUUUUGUCUUCUGACAACACCAAUAGAAGAAAUGGCAUGCUUGCUGGACCUCUUUCUGUGAGUUCCUCUUCCAGGAGAAACUUAGUUGGUCUGACUUCUUAUUCUGCAGAGACGAGUGCUUAUGAUGUGACUGCUUUAGAAUCUCCUUCCCAUGUUGCGGAAGAAAAAGUGGGUGUGCUGCUUCUCAAUCUUGGAGGACCAGAGACAUUGAAUGACGUUCAACCUUUUCUGUUUAAUCUUUUUGCAGAUCCUGAUAUCAUUCGUCUCCCGAGGUUGUUUCGGUUUCUACAGCGGCCAUUGGCAAAAUUGAUUUCUGUACUUCGGGCUCCUAAAUCCAAGGAAGGCUAUGCUGCUAUUGGUGGUGGCUCUCCUUUGCGCAAAAUUACAGAUGACCAGGCACUUGCAAUUAAAAUGGCUUUGGAAGCAAAGGGCAUCUCUUCAAAUGUCUAUGUUGGGAUGCGGUACUGGUACCCAUUCACUGAAGAAGCAGUGCAGCAAAUUAAGAAGGACAGGAUAACAAGGCUUGUGGUACUACCCCUUUAUCCUCAGUUCUCUAUAUCCACUACUGGGUCAAGCAUCCGUGUUCUGGAGCAGAUAUUCAGGGAAGAUGCAUAUUUGUCUAGGCUUCCAGUUUCCAUUAUAAACUCUUGGUAUCAACGACAAGGUUAUAUCAAGUCAAUGGCUGACUUAAUAGAGAAAGAGCUCCAGAGUUUUUCUGAACCAAAAGAGGUGAUGAUAUUUUUCAGUGCCCACGGAGUACCUGUCAGUUAUGUUGUGGAUGCGGGGGAUCCAUACCGAGAUCAAAUGGAGGAGUGCAUUUUCUUGAUCAUGCAAGAGUUGAAAGCUAGAGGAAUUAGUAAUGAGCACAUUCUUGCUUACCAGAGUCGGGUGGGUCCUGUACAGUGGCUGAAACCAUAUACAGAUGAAGUUCUCGUUGAGCUUGGCCAAAGAGGUGUGAGGAGUCUUUUAGCUGUUCCAGUGAGCUUUGUGAGUGAGCAUAUUGAGACCCUUGAAGAAAUUGACAUGGAGUACAAGGAAUUGGCUCUUGAAUCUGGCGUCAAGAAUUGGGCGCGUGUCCCUGCCCUUGGUGUUACCCCUUCCUUCAUUACAGAUUUGGCAGAUGCAGUAAUAGAUGCUCUUCCGUCAGCAACAGCAAUGUGUGCGCCUGCCAGCACCUCUGAAGAAGAUGUUGAUCAUGACCCAGUCAGAUAUUUUAUAAAGAUAUUCUUUGGUUCAAUCUUGGCAUUCAUCUUAUUCUUGUCACCCAAAAUGGUAAUGGCAUUCAGGAAUCAUGUCAUUUAGAAGAAUUAGGAACUACUUGCCAAAUACGAUUUGCAAGCAUAUAGAUGAAGCUAUUGAUAGCAAUAUGGUCAUUACAACCUCUACUUUAUACCUGGAUUUUUUGCCUCGAUUUACUCAUUACAAUCUCUGUUGUAUACGUCAGAGCUAUGAAGAAGCAAUUUUUCCCACUUAAUCAUAAUGGCAACUUGCACCGCGUCUUAAAGAGUAUUAACUUAUAGAUCCUCCCAAAAAAAAAUAAAGGAUCUGUUCUAGAGCCAAGAGGCAUCGACCCGAUCUCCGAUAUUAAACCCUGAACACUUUGUGUAUUGUUUAUUCACAUCUUUUCUACAAUUUUCAUGUACGGUGGACAAACUUUGUAAGUGAUCCACCGUGCACAAAUAUUUUAAACCAUCAGAUUUAUAGUGUAUACGAUCUUAUGAUGUACCUUUUGCAUCGGAUUAUUCACCUCAUCAGGCAAUUUUUUUUCUCUCUUUGGUUGUUCACGUUUUUAUCUCUCCUCAGAUACCCUUUCUCACCGAGCUCUUCCUUCAACCAUCACAAUGCUCUCCAUCAUAAUGUUCUCGUUUUUGCACAAUGGGAAACCUUUGGAGCACAUUUCUUUAUCAAAAACUCCACAUUGGGCAUCAUGGAUUUGGAAGGUGGAAGGUGAGAGAGAGGAGGUCUUCCAUGCGCAAGCUCCGAAGUUGUGAUCCUAAAGGACCAUAUACAAACCUUAAAAGUUGAAACUGUAUAUACCAGCCUUGAAACUGUACCCCUGCAGGAGUGAAUUACCUCGAGAGCAAUCCAAUACGGCGUGCCCGGAACAUCAGUGAACUUGGGAGACAAACACAGGGACUCGUAGAUGGAGAGGCAGCGAUGCCAAAAUCCGUGAGCUUGACUUGGUCGUUGAGUCAACAGUGUUGCCAUCUUUUAUGUCUAUGUGGAGAUGGCCUUGAGUGUGGAGGUGAGAGAGGGUUAAGGGUGUCUGAGAACCAUAGUGAGAGAUGAUGGAUCAAUUACAUGUGCAUGGCCAUGAAUGGCAUCACCAUCCUUCACUAGAUCGGCAACUGAUACUUUUCUAUGAUUUAAUUUUUUUAUCGUUCGUUGUUCUAUUAUGAGGCAACGAGUGGUGAGGGGGGAGAUAGAGGAAAGUGUGUCUGAGGAAGGGAGAUAGAUAAAACUAGAAGGCAAGGUGACGAAAGAGAGAGGAAAUAGAUGAGAAAGGACACGAGAGAGAGAGAGAGAAAAUACAGGAUAGCAGAGAAGAGAGAAAAGAAUUGACAGAGGAUGAAUAAAAUCUAGUGCAGGCAGUCUAUCAUAAUACUGGAUAAAUCCGAUAAAUCUAAUGGCUUUAGA